GCUCGCUCCUAAAUUCAUUCGACAGUGAUCAGCUCCAUUUUCAAAGAGGUCAUGGAAAGCCUCCAAAAACAGCCGAAGUCGAUGGAAGAACUCCCCGAGGAAGUUUUAGCCGAGAUCAUCAUCCGAUUACCGGCCAAACGGAUUGGUCAACUGAGGUGCGUUUGUAAACCCCUGAAUGCACUCUCAUCAAACCCUUCUUUCAUAAAAUCACACCUCCAUCGUUCAAUCCCCAACAACGAUGAAAUGCUCUUGGUCUUCCACAACAGAUUUUGUUUUGAAGGCGGUAAACCAAUCACAGCACACCCCUCUCGAUCUCCCCAUAUUGUAAACCCUAAUUUCAUUAAAUUACCAGUAAAUUUUAAUAUCCCAUCUGCAUAUAACUGCAGCAGUGUUAUCGGUUCUGUUAACGGUUUAAUAUGUUUUGUAGUAUGGUCUAGUAUUGUACCUGGACCCGAUCCUAUCAUUUAUAUUUGGAAUCCUUCUCUAUCUGCUGUAAGGACUCUCCCUCCAUUUACUAUCCGUGGGUUUGAUGAUCUUUACUUCAGGUUCGGGUUUGAUCCCAAAACUGAUGAUUUCAAAGUUGUUAAGCUUACUCGCUUAUUACAUAAAUACGUUCACUAUCAGUCAGGUGUUAAGAAAAACUGUUUUGAUUGGUUACAAGUGGAAGUGUAUAGUAUGAGAAAAGGCUCCUGGAAAAGAAUCAAUGACAGGUUUCCUUCGCAUGUUGUUCGGUUUUCGGAUGAAGAUGUUUCUAUUACUGGGAAUGAUGGUCAUGACGGUCGUCUUCAUUGGCUUUGUAAUGUUGUUUCCCGAAGAGCUAAGCAAACAAUAAUAGCAUUUGAUUUGGCUACUGAGACAUUCAGUGAGAUUUAUCUUCCUGAUUCCAUAGCAAAUAAUAAGAAGGAACCGAGGAAGCAGGUUUUGGGAGAUUUGGAUGGUAAACUAUGUGUGAUGUCGUACAUCGAAGAUGGCGACAUCAAAGAUGGCGGCGUUGAGGUUUGGGUGAUGAAUGAAUAUGGGGUGGCUGAAUCUUGGGUGAAACACCAUAUAUUGUCACAGUUUAGUGGUAACGUAGUUCCGAUUGGAAUCACAUUAAGUAAUGAGUUCAUUCUGCAAGGCGAUGACGAUAGUCUAGCUUUGUAUGAUCACAUUGCUGCCAAGGUUAAAUCCUUCAAGGUUAUAGAUAUAAAUAGAUAUUCUUAUGGCACUGUCCAAAUUGUUCCUUAUGUGGACAGUCUUGUGUGGAUAGCACCUGCUAAUAGAGUGGAUCAACAACAGUUGCGCCAUAUGUUCGUUGCAAAUUUCGGUAAACUCAUAACAGAUUGGUGAAUUGUCAAUAAGGUCUGAAGCAGCAAGAAUGGUCCUCGUCGUCAUGACUAUAUCUUUUUUUUACAACUAUUAUGCAUUAUACAAUGUGUGAUUCUAAUUUAGUCUUGGAUCAAGUAUCAAUUGUUAGUGCCUUCAUUACAUAAAGAUUAUCUAUUGUUGGCAUAUAUGAUGUGUUCGAUA